UCGACGCGCAAGCAGUGAUAAAUUCUAGUUGAUGCCAGACAACACAAGAUAAUUUUCUAUAUUUUUCUUUUAAUCAUUAUGGCAAUCACAGAUAGGAAGUGUUUAUAUUUUAUUGCAUUUAGCUACUUCUUAACAUUCAUACUACCUUCAAGUCAUGCAGAGAAUGCAAAUAUUUGCUUAGCGCCUCCACAGCCCGAUAAUGGUAGUCGAAAAUUACUUAAUUUAGAAAGUUUUAUACUAAGUGAAGUACAAGAAGGUACUGAAUUACCGUUUGAAUCUUUAUUGAAAUACGAAUGUAAAUAUGGCUAUAAAGUUUUGGGUUCCAGUAUUUCAAAAUGUAGAUCCUAUGGAAAUUGGGUUAAUAUUCCAGUUUGUAGAGCAUGUCGUUUAUAUGGGCGAAAUGGUCAACGAAAUGAAAACGACGAAUUAUCUAGUACUAUAAAUUUUGCAUGUCAUGCUUCUUUAUUUAUACAAAAAACUGCAGACGGAUCGAAGGAUUUCAUUUGCGGAGCAACAAUUAUACAGGAAAACUUACUUCUUACCGCAGCGCAUUGCGUUUACGACAAAGAGAACCAAAGGGCACAAAACCCAAAUAAAUAUUAUGUUGCUGCUGGAAACAUUUAUCCUGAAUAUGAUUCUGAUCAGCAUGACCAGCAAUUAGUUCAAAAGUCUAGAGUGAAAAAUAUUCACAUUAAUGAAGAAUAUUUGGGAAUCCAAGGAAAUUUUACAGCGGAUAUUGCCAUUUUGGAAAUCAAAACCCCAUUCGUAUUUUCAAAUUUGUUAUUUCCAGCGUGUUUAGAUGUUUCUUCAAAUUAUAUUCUCUUAGGGAAAAUCAUAGAUUUUAGUCACAAUGAUUCUGUACUUAGCCGUAAUUAUGUAGUUCACACAGUAUAUAUUAAAAUUCCAUUUAAUCAGUGCAAAAUUUUCAAUAAUUCCAUUGAAUUUGAAAGGUACAAGACAAUGGAUAAAUUUUGCGCUGCCCCAAAAAGUGAAUUGGGCUGUAGUGGAAUUGACGGAAGUGGACUAAUAAUUCAAACGAAAAAUGGUUAUUUUCUAGAAGGAAUUAGAAGUAGCCCUUUAAGUGUAUUAAACACAGGUAGUUCAGAAACUUGCGGCAGCCGCUCAUAUUCUCUUCUCACGCGUAUAUCCAGUUAUAGAGCUUGGAUCCGAGAUAUGAUUUUACAAAUAGAAAUAUCUAAUCUAUUUUCCUCGUCUCGUGAUUCAACUGUAACUAGUACGACUUCAACAACAAUUGCUUCAUUUAUACCACAUUCACAAAGUACUACAACCACAUCUUUUCCGUUAAUCACAAGACCGAUUGUUUGCAAAGCGCCUCCUCAGCCUAGGAAUGGUAAUCGUCAAUUACACGAGUCACAAUGCCAGUCACAAAAUGACUGUGAUGUGCAGGAGGGUGUAGAAUUACCCACAGGGUCAUAUUUAACUUAUAAAUGUUAUGAUGGAUACGAAAUUAGUGGUACCCAUGACGUAUUAUGUAGUUUAAACGGAAAAUGGAUAAACAUUCCAGUCUGUAUUGAAAUAUAUUGUGACUCAUUGGUUUCUGCAUCAACAUUUGCUGAUUGUACAUAUAACGACGAAUGGACUUCUUGCGAGUCUAGUGUUAAACCUGGAACAAUAGCUAAAUUAAUUUGCAGAAAUGGGUAUAAACAAGAUUCGACUAUCCUAUCAAUACAAAGAGAUCAAGUUACCUGUAACGAUAAAGGUCAAUGGACACCAGAUCCAAUAAAAUGCAUACCAGUAUGUGGAUAUGUGCCAACUCUAUACGGUACACCGUUCAUUGUAAAUGGAAUCAACGCUAAGUUUGUUCCUUGGCAUGCUACUUUGUACGAGACGAAACGAUUAAAUGGACCAAAAGAAUUUAUUUGUGGAGCAACAAUUAUAACAGAGAAUUUUCUUGUCACCGCUGCUCAUUGUGUUUCCGAUGAAACAAUUAAUAGAGUAAAGGACCCUAGACAAUUUUACGUUGCAACUGGAAAUACAGAUCGUGAUUAUGAUUAUGAACAGCAUGAUAUACGUUUUGUCAAAAAAGUUAGGGUAAAACAUAUUUAUGUUCAUUGUAAUUAUUUGGGCUUAUCAGGAAAUUAUGCUUUUGACAUAGCUCUCUUACAAAUUGAAGUACCAUUUGUAUUUACAAAUAUGUUAGUGCCAGCAUGUUUAGAUGAUACUAUUAUUCACUCUGGACUUGGAGUAGUUGCGGGAUUUGGAUUUACUGCCUCUAUGUCAUCCAGCCCCCGUCUCCAAAUUACAAAACUACCCUACGUAUCUGCAACACAAUGCAAAGCUAUAAAUAAUUCUGUUAUAUACAAGCAGUAUGUAACAAGUGAUAAAUUUUGUGCAGGCUAUACAAAUGGAACGUCUGUCUGUAAUGGUGAUAGUGGAGGGGGACUUGUAUUUCAAGCUGGAGGAUUAUGGUUUUUAAGAGGUAUUGUCAGUAUUGGAAUUAGUGCAAAUUUAGAGGCAGAUCCAUCGCUGUACAAAUAUAUCCCUGCCUUUAUCAUGUUGGCUGCGUUUAUACUUUUCACUCUUUAUUAUAUCCUCAGAAAAUGUAUAAAUAAGUAUUGGAAAAAUUGAUGAUAAUAUGCCGAAACAAAAAGGACCAACCGAAAUUUUACACAGGAUGCAUUUUUUGAUCGAAAAUAGUAAGUUAUAUUGGAAAGUGAUUCUUCCUUCUGAACGCUAU